ACGUAUGUACGUGUGUUGAACCUCUUAUCACUUAUUUUCUUUGUUGUGGCAACACCUAAAUUUUGCAGUCGUGAAGUUCGUAACAUGUGAUGUUUCGUGAAAAGUGUUAAUUUUUUACGAAAAACAAUUAGUUAUAGUGCCAAAUCGUGUUUGAAAGUGCAAAGGAAAUAUCAGUGUGAGUGUUUUUGGUGGUGUAAUUUGUGAUAGAGGCCUACAAGUCCUCAAGUGCAAAUUACAUGGAUAAAGCCGUCACCUGAGUCCGUAAGCGAUGGAGUCACAUGUUCUGAACACAUACCACCAGGCUCGCUACCGCACCAUCGGGCACAAGAGGAUGGGUUCCACCAGCGACCUCUCAUCGGAGAGCAGCUGCAACCAGAACAGCCCGGAGUACUCACAGGCCCAGCCGGAGUACGGGAGGAAUUAUGAGGGCAAUGAGGAGUACUGGAGUCAAGCGGCAAACACAACACAAACAAGUCAAGACUCUAGUUCAGACGAAGAGGAAAACGUAGAGGUCGUCGAACUCGAUAAUCACUACGACGAAAAUGCCGAAGACACUCUAGUCGAAGGCGACGACUAUGACGUCAUCCAGGUAUAUGCCGUCCAUCCAGACUUAGACCUCGAAGCGUCCUCCGACGAAGAACAACAAGAUUACUGUGUAGCUGAAGAAGAUGAUUCAGAAGAAGAAUACGCACAAGAUCCCCAAUAUACAGAAGAGACACAAUACGAAUACCAAGAGAAUAGAACAGAUAUAUGCCAAGAUGGUUUAGAUAUUAACCUAGAUGGUCCAGUAGUUUCAAAUGUCGAUGAGUAUUUUAUCAAAGCAAAACCUAAACCUAUCUUGGAUAUAAAAGAUGAACCUGUAGUUAAGGAUGUUGAUGAAUAUUUUAUUAAAGAUACUAAACCAGUAGCUCAAGUCCCAGAUGUUGAUGAGUUCUUUAUUAAGGAAAAAGAGCCUGAGGAUGCUAAAACGCAAUCUGAUAUUGUUCAAAGUGUUCCUCAGGUUGAACCUAUUGUCAAUGCUAAAGAACCAGAACAUAACGAACCAGAUAAUAUUGCAGAGGUUUCUAUAAAUGAGUCCGAUUUAGAUGCCCUUCCAAACAUAGAGGAAAUCAAAAGAUACCUGCUCGAAGAUAUUCCUUAUAAAUUCAAGACUACGCAACGAUCAUGUUCCGUACCUCAUUCUCCGAUGCGCCAUCUAGCUUGCAUGGACAUCGACGACGCAAAAACCUGCCUAAGCUUCGAAGAUCUGAACCUAGACUUAUCUGAUUUAGCAUUCGACAACGACAAGUACAAAUCGGGCAGUGGUAAUAAAAUCGACGACAUUCCACGAACUUUAACGGACGAGGAUGUAAAUAGCUUUUUGAUUACCAACAAAACUGAAGAGAAAUCUGAGAAAAACGACGACGAUUUUAGCUCUCAAGAUAUGGAGAUAGAUAACCCUGUAGACGCAACUAUACACGUAGAGACUCCGCGAACAUCGACUCCUAUCAAAAAGCCGAACGUCUUAGACUUUUGCAUAGAAAAACCAGCAGUCACACCAGUCAAAUUUGAACCUAGUGAUGUCAAAACGGAAACGGAUGAUUUCGUUGACGUAGAAUCCUGCAACGACGCAGCAAUACCAGUGCUCGCGGCGAACAAUGUGAAUUCCCUUUUAGAACAGUUUGAAGCUAACGAAAAGUUCGCGACCAAACCGAAGAGGCCGAAGGAGGAGCCUAAACCCAAAUCCAACGGUCUGACGAAUGGUACGCGUUUGCAGGACGCAGGCGUCCAGCUCAACAAGAACAAGAUGCGGCAAAUACUGAUGCCGCCUAAAGCGGCGCUGCGGCGCUCGGUGAGCCCGCCCGCGGCUCCCGCGCCGCCCGCACCGCCGGCGCAGCGCUCCGACCACGACUAUUGCAGCAAAAAACGCCACAGCCUGCCCACUCUCAAGGGCGGGCAGAGCCUCCUCAAACCCGAGGUCCUCUCCAGCAACAGCCGAAUCCUCAACUCCAGGCACCGAUCCUGCAAAAACAAGAAAGUCGUCUACCAUCUCAGCAGCGAUGACGAAAGCGACAAGUCUGCCAAAAACAAAAAAAGAGAUGACGAUGACGAUGUGAAAGCUAAAAAGUCGACCCUGAAACAACCUAUAAAACAGCCGACUCCAUCAAAUUGUCGGAAAAAACUCUCACCCCCGCAUAGUGCUAACGAUACUUGUAAAGAUAAAAUUAACAGUUCUGUGAUGGUUAAAAAUGCUUCUAAAGCAAGUGAUACUCUCGGUAGUCAAACGAACAUUAGCAUUAAGUUAACUAUUAAAAAUAAAUCAGAGGUUAUACUUAAUAACUGUAAUGAUAAAGGCUAUCGGAAUGUUAAAGAUAUUGAAAAGUGUACGUCUAGUGUUAGUAGUAGCGCUGAAACUGUUAAAAUACAGGAAUUAGAUAGUGAGAAAAUCAAAUGUGUAAAUAUUAGUGACAAUAAUUGUGAGAGUGUAGAAGUUAAGACCGAAGCCCGUCCGAAAGAGGAGAACUUUUACACGGCGUUGUUUAGCAAUAAGCAAGAUGUACAGAUACCGCAAACAAUGGACCUCAAAACCGAAAAGAGACCAAUAGACGAGGAACUUAAAGUUAUAGUAGAUAUAUCUAACAGAAACGAAAUGGAGCAGCCUCAAAAGAAAAAGAAACUAAAUCUCCAAGAAUACAAGAUGCGAAGAUCGGUUACCUCAAAUAAUAGCUCUGCAGCCGUCAGUCCUGAAGCGAUAUUUCCUGAUUUACCCAGCCCAUGUCCUUUGGAAAAACUUGUCAAUAAUAAUGUAAAUGUGACGUCUCCAAAUGGAACAAUAAACCUAGCUGAACAGAAGGACCCUGAAGCUCCAAAGAAAAUCUUUGAUCCGAUCAGAGAGGCAUCUAGGAAAAUACUCAUGAACACCAAGAAACAAAAAGCCGAGGCCACGAGAAAGAGGGAUGAAGAUAUCGUGAUGAGCAAGAUACCAAAAGUAGAGAAUUUGGAACUGCAACCUCUGAUAAGUGACGCUGAAAUGCUAAAAAUAGUUGGAGGAAUGGCACCAGAGGAAGUGCCAGUUAUAAAGAAUGAAAAACCAAAAGCAACUGAUUAUGAAGAAAUAGUACUAGUUAGCGUCGGUACAAAUACUGAUGAAAACAUAUUUAGACAAAUGGAAAAGACUAAACAUAAAGAAGUUAGGAAAUCUCAGUCACCUCCAUUAGACGCUAAAGCACUAAUCAAUUUUAAGAUCAAAAAGUCCGAGGCAGUUCUUAAGCAAAAUGUCUUUGACGCGAAAGCGCAAAAAAUCAACGCCCGAAACGAAAAACGUAGUCCGGAUAAAAGUGACAAGAGAAAUGCUGACGUCAAAAUAGAUAAAGAAAGAUACAAGGACAUAACGGCUGCUUUAAAGAGUGUAGAAAAGCAAGUAGAUACUAAAAUAUCCAGUAAUUCUUUGUUCGCUUCUAUUCAAGAUGUUGUACUGAAAAAAGCGCCGGAAGAAACAACUGAGAAACCAAACCCACAGCCUAAACCGGUUAAAACUUACAAGACUACUAUAGUACGGGAAUAUGAUACUAAAGCAGAUCACGGAGAAGACAAAAUUAUCCUACAUUUAGGCAAGCAUAGGAGAAAACCUGAAUCUGCUAGUGUUUUAGUUCAAACUGAGGUAGAACAACCAGCUGUUGUAAUACAACCGAAAAAAGCAGCUAUUAAAGAGAAGAGUCCUGUGCAAAGGAAGAGGAAUGACAGUGACAUGUCUAUGUCAAGUGAUGUUAGCCCUUCACGCGACAAAACAGCCAGCGUAGAAAACAAAUCAAAAGAGACAGCCAAGCGUUCCCGCUCGGUUGAAAAGCGAGCUCGCUCAGUCGAUAAGCGACCACGCUCAAGCGAGAAACGCUCGCGCUCUAUAGAGAAGCGAUCUAGAUCUCGCGAUCGCUACGAUAGAUACAGACGGCGAUCAAGAUCUCACAGUCGCAGAAGACGAAGAUCUCGCAGUAGAAGCGUCAGAACUAGACGUUCACGUUCCAUCGACCGCUAUAGACGACGAAGGCGCGAAUCCCCUUAUAAGAGAAAACGAACUAGAUCCCCGUACCGUAGACGCUCGCCGUCCCCGCGUAGAGACUACCGCCGUUCGCGGUCUAGAUCUAGAUCCAGGCACGACUCAAGAUCUAAGACCCCGAGGAAAACCCCCCCUCGCGUUGAGAAGAAGUGCGAGAAAUCGUACACCCCUCCUUUAAGAAAACCGACCGUGUCUGAAAGUUCUGAUUCUUCCUCUAGUUCGUCAUCUUCGUCCAGUUCGUCCUCGUCGUCGUCCAACCGGUCGAACUCCGUCCGUUCGGGGCGCUCGUGCAGUCCCAGACAAGAGGCUUACAGACGGAAGUACAGAAGCUACAGCCCUGAUGAUAGGAUUGAUAGAGAAAGCAACAAGCCAGUGGAAGAGAGACGCAUAGUGUUCGUCGGCAAGCUAGAAAAGGACAGCACUAAGGCGACAUUGCGAGCUCAGUUCUCCAAGUUCGGUCAUAUCAUGGAAGUGCGACUGCAUAAUAAGGAGGAUGGGACUCGUUACGGAUUCGUGACGUACUCGCGCGGCCGCGAGGCGUGGACCGCGGUGGAGGCCGCCAACCAGUUCCCGCAGUACGACGUCGGUUUCGGAGGCCGCCGGGCCUUCUGCAGACAGUCCUACGCCGACCUAGACGGCCUAGAAGCGGAUUACGUCGAGAGCGCGUUCCACGGCGCCCCGACCGCGCACUCGCGCCGCGACGACAUGUCCUUCGAGCAGAUGUUACUGGACGUCAAACAGAAACUCAGCCAGCGCAAGAAAGAUGACGACAAGCCUUGACACUGUCACGGUUAGCCAGGGGACGGGUAACACUCAAUAUUAG